AAUAAACUUGUGACGGACAAACACGUAUUUCGUAGUCCAAAGCAAUUAUUCUAUAACUAAGCAUUUAUCAUUGUGUUGUGAAGUGAACAAGUGUUAUUAUGGCAAGGAUGGAGCUUCCGGUCGUCGAAAAGUUUUGUUUCAUUUUCCAAUUGAAAACUGGAUGUAUGGCUAUAGGAGUUAUUAGUUCGCUGGUAACGUUCGUCCAAGCGGUGGUACUGAUAACAUUUGCUGUGGACAUGAAAGACGCGUCAGAUACUAAGCGAGAUGAGACUGAUAGUAUGUCUUCCGUCGUGUAUACUAUCGUUAUUCUUCUACUCAUUCUGCUCUUCGUCAAGUUUCUGCUGGACUUGUUAUUUGUCUAUGCAGUAUAUAAGGAAAAGACUAAAAUAAUCAAAAAGUACUACAUCUUCUGGAUCGUAUUCUUGGUGCUGUUCAUCAUAAGCUUCCUGAAGACCUUGUUCCAUAUGGGUGCUGGACACGUCAUCACGCAGCUUUGCUUUUUCGCCGCAAAUUUCUACUUCCUCGUUAUUGUUCGGAGUUACUGUCUGUCGAUCAACGAAGAUGGCGUACAUUAAUCUUACACAAAAUAUGAAGAAAGAGGUUUUUGUGAGGUAUUUAAUUAGAAUUUAGCACCAAUUAAAACAACGUAAUGCAGCAAAAUGUCCGUUUUAAAAAUUGUAAGGUUACAUUGGACUAUCUCGUGUAAAUCAAAUCAAAAAUAAU